CACAAACCGUACUCGAGCAGAAUCACCAUGAAUCCUCCAAGCGAAAACGACGCCGACAGUCUCUUCAUCGCGCAUGGGCUUUCAGAACCAAGGUCAGAGGCUGAAGACUCAGGGCGGCACAGUGGUUCGAGCCGCUCGACGGAGAACCCAUUUUCCUGCAACGUCUGCAAGCAAAGCUAUAGUCGCGUCGACCAUUUGGCGAGACACUACCGCUCCCACACUCAUGAGAAGCCCUUCAUCUGUGAGACUUGCGACAAAGCUUUUGCCCGAGUAGAUCUUCUGAAACGCCACGCCCUCGGUCACGACAAUGACCUCUCCUCCUCCAACAAACGUGCAAGGACGACCUCGCAAAAAGCUACUCAUUCUCGUGUGGCGAAAGCUUGCAUAGCCUGUGCAGAGGUAAAGCUCAGGUGCGAAGGGGUUGUACCUUGUGGCAGAUGCAAGCACAAAGGUUUGACCUGCGAGUAUGCACCAUCUCGGAAUAGAAGGUCAUCUUCACAGGUGUUUCCAACUCAACAGCAGCAGACCUAUCUUCAGAUUGAGAAGAUACAGCCUCAGCUGGUCCAGUCAGAUCUGCAGCUGGUCGAAUUCGGCACGUCGCAUGUGCAAUACCACGAAGCUCCGGCUGACUGGACCUUGCAAAUCAGCCCGCAACAGACUUUGGUCGAAGUCGCAGAAGGACAACCGCAGAAUGACACAUACGAUGUUGGGAAGACAUCGACACACACUGAGAUACAGAUGCCGACUCACUUGCCGACCCCGACGACGUUCGACCAUGAUUCAGUCAUUAUGCCUCUGGGCUCACCAUUCUUCCAGAGCCAACAAAUCAUGGGCUUCGAUGAGUUCUCGUUCUUUGACGUCCUGAGAGACUCAAUGACACCUAUCACUGGCAAUGCUCAGUCAAACAGUUAUGGAUCAGAAGUGUUGCCAACCUUUCCUCGGGAUGUUUUGGACUUCAACAUCGAUUCCUUCGUGGACAUACCUACGACACAGCCUUUUCCAGGAUUCUUUCCGAACGACCAAGAACAAGAUUCAGGCGGUAUGGGGCCAGACGGAGACCGGUUCGCCGGGUGUAAGAGCGGCUAUGUGACGCCGGGAGCUGUUCCAGGGAGCAUCACACUAGGACAGAAAGCUUUCAGGGAGUCCAUGUGGCUCUGGACCCCAGCAUUGGGCGACCACGGGCAAGCCGAACAGUCGAAUCUGUCCCUGUCCUAUGACGACGCCACGUUGGAAGCCCAGCAGACCAGCGACUCAGCUCCACUCUCCGAUCAACUGACACUGGCCACUCGUGAUCGCAUCCUGGCCAUGGUCUUGAGCACCUGCGAGCCAGAUACAUACUGUCAUGUCGUCUCGUGCUUUCCGUCGCCUAAGUUCUUGAGCAACUUGCUGAACACGUUUGUCGCGCACCACCUACGUCAGGACACGACGUGUAUUCAUAUACCAACAAUGAAGAUUAACGAAGAAGGUCCUGAAAUCCUAGGGUCCAUGAUCAGCUUUGGUGCGUCAGUUUCGCGUGUCCCAGAAGUUCGCAAACUUGGUUUCGCACUGCAAGAGUCGGUACGAAUGGCGUUGCCAGUCAAAUUUGAAAGUGACAACAGGCAAACUCGUGAACUGAGGCUUCUACAAGCCUAUGUCUUGUAUCUGAACAUUGGGCUAUGGAGUGGAAAUCGACGGAAGAUCGAAAUUGCUGAAAGCUUUGCUUUGCCAUUGAUAACAAUGAUUCGGAGGGCCGGUCAUUUUCGGUGGCAGCGGCACCCGGACUGCGUCCCCGAAGCCCACGAUGAUGAGAAGACCACAGAGGCGAAGUGGCAUUCCUGGGUUCAAGCGGAAUCAUGGAAGAGACUCGCCCUACAUCUGGUCGUACGCGACACAGAGACCUCGAUGUCUCUUCUCAACAGGCCUAUAAUAUCCUACGCUGAACUUUCACUUGAAUUGCCCUUUACGCGAGAUAUGUGGUUCGCUAAAACAGCGAAAGAUUGGAGAGGCGUAUACCUCAGUCAGAUGAGCGGUAUGCAAGAUCGCCUCCCGUCGCUACGAACGUGCAUUGAGGACGCCGGUCCCAUUUUCAAAAUCGAGAACUUGAUCGACAUGCAAAUGACCCUCAGUGCCAUCAUUUCAUCGAUCUGGUCGUUGAUCUGGCAGUAUCGGGAAAUGAAAACAACCUUCAGACAUAAUGACAAGGUCAGCAACGCUCGGGGUAGCGGCUGUGGUGGCGGCUCUCUGAUAACCAGCUCCCUUUACCAAGAGAUCACGCAAGCGAUCCAGCACCUCCGGCUGAAUACUGCGGAGGAAUGGGGUAGCGUCAUGAACCCAUCGGCUACCCUGUUGCUGGAGCUCGGUUCCAUGCAUUUACACGUCUCUCUGGGAGACAUUCAAACUUUGCUGGGUAAAGAGGGCGAAGAAGCAGCUCGAAAAGUGUUGCUCAGGUUGAGUACUUGGGCCGAGUCCUCCGAAUCUCGCCAGGCACUUUACCAUGCCGGCCAGGUGAUACGAAUGGCCAGACAAUUCCCACUUGGAGCACUGCGUGACGCUCCAGCCGUCGCAGUGUACCAUGCCAGCCUUGUACUUUGGGCAUACGCUGUUUUAUCCAAGGUAUCAUCGUUUGGUGGCGGUGGCGGCGCGGACCCGUUCACCAAUCGAGCCUCGAAGACAACACCGGAUGUGUCCAGCGACAGAGCAGCCAGUCUUGGAGGCAGAACCAGCUCAGUCGUCCUAUUGGACGGUGAGGAUACACCUGCACUGCAGAGAUUCCUGGUCUUGGGGAAGGGUAUUCCCUCCAUACGCCGUUCUGGUGCUGAUGACCACAAUCAGCUGAACAACAGUAAUCUGGAUAUUCCCCUGAGUGACCCUUCUGCGGUCAUGUCUACAAUCACGAGUAUUCUGCAAAGCAAAAAUUGGGACGACGAAAGGGGGUAUCCACCUUUGGUCAGUAAUUUGAGCAAGCUUAUGAGAGCUCUGGGUAGUGCGGCAGCGGGCAAGAGACGUCGGUAGAGC